AUGAACUAUUCACUUACAACGUUUGGGCAUAAUGUGCAGAAUUGUAUGAUUAAAUUGAUUAUGCACUUAACUUAUUUUUCAAAAAAAUGUCACUUAUCACACUUGUGCGCUACGCCAUCGAUUUAUAUGAUGGAACUUGAUGCUAGGGCCAGACAGCUGGAUUUGGAGAAUAUUCCAUUUGUACCAAUCCAAAUUGUCCUUCCUACCUUAGACAAUCAGGAUUCAAAAUGUAUCAUAUGCAUAGACGCUGACAGAACACACGCAUUCAUUCCAUGUGGCCAUAAAAUUUUAUGUGGUGAUUGUGUAAAUUUGUUAGAACCAAAACGUUGUCCUGUAUGUAGUGAACAUUUCACUAACUCGAUUAGAAUUUGGUAA